GAGAACUUCGCCGUCGCAUUCUGAGACGACAGGUUGGCCUUUGACCCUCGCUCUCGCCCUUGACCCCGACACAUGAUCGCGGUCGAGUGCAACUGCCAUGUUGCAAUUGAGCAGAGCAGGACGCAGCGCACUGACUUCUCGGUUCAUUUGCACGUCAUGUCGCGCGCUGCUUGCCCGCGGGGCCCCCAGGCUUCCGGGCGCCGUCGCAAGGCUCUGUGCAGCACGCCACUACUACUCUACUGAGCAGCCGAAGCAGGAGCAGAAGACGGGGGAAUCCGACACGAAACCGAAAGGGAAACGCGGCGAAAAAUCCGAGAAGAAGCCCCGGAGCAAACCAAACAAAUCCGCCGCGUCAGAGCAAACGCAGAAGGAUCCUUCGCAAAGCGUGAAGAAGCGAACGGCCCGAGGCCGCCUCCGGAGGGCCAAGGCCAACACGCCGUCACCGGAACCCCACUUGUGGCGGAAAACGCUUAGCAUAUUAAUGGAUAUACAAGCCGACCAAAAGGCAUCAUUACGUUCGAAGGCCAACCAUGACUCCGAAGAACUGCAGGAGGCUGAUCAGAAGUCCGGGUCCGAAAAGGCAGGGUCCGGAAAGGCAAAGCGGCGUGCAUCUUCAAAGAAGACCGACGAGAAGUCGCUCGGUGAUACAAAACUUCUCGAGGACACCCUUGCCGCCCUGAAGGAAGUUCUCCAUCAAGAAUUGGAAGAGACUGCCCCUCGGCCAGAUCCUGCGUCGGGUAAGAAGCGUCCGGUGUCUCCCGCAUCAAAAGCAAAGGAAGAGAAGGGAAAGAGAGCAUCGACAGACUCGGCGGCGGACGAGAAGCCGGCUGAAAAGCUGGUUGAGAAACUGGCAGGGAAGCCGGCCAAGGCCAAGCCCAGCCCGUUGUCACUACCCUCAAAACCGCUUGGUGCACUUGUCCCGUCGUCCAAGAAGGCGCGGCGCAACUUCACCAUUGGCCGCAUCGACGUGUCCAAGAUCGAACUGGCCCCCGUUGAGAAGCCACAACCGCCGGUGCCUAGACUAGCCUAUGGCCUGGAUCGCGUGCUCUUCAACCCCGGGGUCUACCAUCUGCAGGAUCCCCGGUCGCGCGUCUUCAACUUUGAUCCCUACCUCGCCCGCAUCAUGCCUAUCGAGCAGUUCGACUACAAUGCGCUCAAGCGCUACAUCACGUCCUCCAAAGACAACACCCUUAUCGGAACAGCAGCUGGGCACGGAAAGAAGUACACGGGCUCGACCUCGAGCAUGACGUCCACCUUGUCCCACUUUCACUACCUUCUCUCGGCAUGGCGUCCCAUCAACCCCGCCAUGAUGUCCCGAAGCUUCGAGGUCGAUUCGCACAGCUUCACCCGCAUAAUGCGUGCGCCCGCCGCCACUUUCCUCCAUUGGAAAGACGGCACCUACGCCAUCGACGCUGACAAGGAAUUCGACACGGCAAACGUGCUCAGCAUGCUGGGCAAGUCCAUGGAGAAAUUCUUCACCCUGCCCAAGGAGGAAUUCGAAAAGUACCGGAGGUCGAACUCGGACCAGCUGACGGAGGAGGAGCGGAACGGCCCCGAGUCGUACCACUAUACCACCUUGGGGGAUUUCAUGAUGCGGUCACAGCUCGACGCGUACGAUCCCAGGCUGCCGGGGACCGGCAUGUUCGACCUCAAGACCAGGGCCGUUAUCUCGAUCCGUAUGGACGCCAGAGAUGUGAUGAAGGGCGUCGGUUACGAGAUCCGCGACCGCUUUGGACAGUGGGAGUCGUACGAGCGCGAGUACUAUGACAUGAUCCGGUCUGCUUUCCUCAAGUACUCACUGCAAGUCCGCAUGGGCCGCAUGGAUGGCAUCUUCGUCGCCUACCACAACACCAGGCGCGUUUUCGGCUUCCAGUACAUCCCCUUGCAAGAGAUGGACCUUUCCAUCCACGGCCAGGCCGACACGACCCUCGGCGACCGCGAGUUCAAGCUAAGCGUCUACCUGCUCAACAAAGUUUUGGAUAAGGUGACGGCAAAGUAUCCCGGGCGAUCGCUGCGUCUUCACCUUGAGACCAGAGGAGACGACACCCCGUUCAUGUACAUCUUCGCCAAGCCCGUCACGCCGGUGGAGAUCGACCAAAUCCAAGGCGCCACGCAGGCGAAGAUUGAGGAGUUUGAGCGCCACAUGAUGGGCAUCGCUCGCGAGAAGGACCGUGCACUGGAAGAGGACGAAGAUGGAGAGGAGGGUGUUGACGAGUUUGAUGAUGAGGAUGUCGACGAUACCGAAGGCGAGGACCUAACCAGCUUGGCCGUUUGGGAAGACGUGAUGGACAAAGUUGAAGAUGAACUCGAGGACGAGGAGCACGGCGUGACGUUUGUCCGGGAAGCGAUCGAGGAUGCUCUCCAGGAGAGCGGACUUCUACGGAUGACGGCUCCGGACGAGACUCAGCGCUACGUCGAUGCUUUCCUCGAAGCGUUGACAAGUAACGGCCAGGCCGCCGCAACGAGACCGGAAUCUUCGGAUGCAGUUCAGGGCCCGACCGAGAAGCCAUCUGAGGCCGAGUCACCGAUCGAGCCAAGCGAGGGCUUGUCCGACACCGACAGGACGCCUGGCAACGUCCCCGCAACGACGCCUGACGUCAAAGAUACGACCGAGGAAGCUUGGGACAACGCUCAGCCGCCUGCGACUGGCGACUCGCCUUCUGAAGAGCCGACGCUGAAAGACCUGAUAGUCAAGCUCGCUGCUCAGAUCCGUUCGAUCCCGAGCGGGAAACGCUCUGUCGGCGAGCAAGAAAUCGAGGACGAUGUGCCGACAUAUACCUCGAAGCUUCGGAAGAUCGAGAGGCUUCUCUCGGAGCUCACGGAUCUUCCCCAGGGAGAGAAGGAAACUGAGGAAGGUGAAGAAACCGGGGCAACCGAGAGAGGUUCCAUAUCCAUCGAACCCGAGGAGCCUACGGAGCUUGCGGAGCACGCAAAGCAGGGCGAGGAGAAGGUGGAACACGCCGCGGAAACGGGAGAGACGCCGUCCACACCAUUAGAAGGGUCCACUCCUGCAGAGCCGGCCGCGGCCACUUCCUCGUCCAGCGCUGCUGACGAGAGCGCUGUCGCCAAUGGCUUUGUGGAAGAGGUUCACGAGGACACCGAACUGUACGGCCUGAUCCUCACGGUGCGGAACAAGGUCGACGGGCAGUACGUGGAGCGCCCGGACAAGCUGAAGCGCAAGCAACGUUGGACCGUUGAGUACGCCUUUGAGGAGAUGAAACCGGACCGCGCCCGGAACUUGUACAAGGCCGUCCUCAAUCGCCGCAAGAAGCUGCUGUACCCCGAUGACAGCGGAGAGGGAGAGAGCGACAAAUGGGCCUCCAUGUUCCAGGGCCGGCUGAAGCGGUACAGCAUGCGGGGACGAAGUUUCCGCCGCAGGGAGGAGAAGCGCAUGCGCGAGAGGCCGGUCUACAUCUACGGUUCCGACAAGCCGUACACCUGGGAUUCCGUGUUUGACAACGGCGAGGAGAACGGCGUGAAACCGUAUACCGAGUGGCAGCCCCCGAGUGAGGAGGGGGAGGAGGAGGAGGGCGAAGCGUCAGGCCACAACGAUUCUGAGACUCCGGAGAAGCGAGAAGAGCAAUAGAAGUAAGAGUGAAGCGUGAGGGGACAUAAACCUGCGUCUCGUUUGGUAUAUUGAGCAGAGGUGCAAGGGGAUGUAUGUAAAUCUAGUACGGGUUGGUUUCCUUUCUUGGAUGUCCGAUAGAGAUCUGUCUUGUACUAUUGCUUGUACUACUACUGUAUCAUAGAUAUACCGCGCCGUUCUUCGCUUAUUAGGUGGCAUGACCGUCUUGGACUGGGACCUCGGACGUGCCAUGCUGAGACUUCCGCAAUACUUAAGGAAUAUUGCGAUCGGUCGAUGACGGUGAAUCUACCGUAAUAUUUCACUACU